UUUACGUUUUUUUUUUGCGAUCUAUCAGAGACUUUGUCUCGUUACCUCACAGUCUUGUCCUCGCAACCAUCUGCCAAGUGAUCAUUUCCUCGCGUUUGCAAAACACAUGUAAAUUGUAUUCGCACUAAUCGUGAAUCGUCUUGGAUGUGGGUCGUCGUGUGAAAAGAAGGCCGCAGUGAUGCCGAGACUUCUGUCGACUUAUCGGAUAUCAGUACAGAGAUAGAUAAGCCUGAUAAAGGCCAUUUAUUUUUUCUGUCGACUAAUUUAUCGUCAUACCUCUCCGAGGUGGUGCCGGCAUGAUUCGAGAUCGAUUGCCCGAUUUGUGUGCAAGACGCAGGAGGGACUCUAAUUUUGGAAGAGGACUUCUACAAGAUGUUUGCAUUCAAAUCGGACAGAAUAAACGGGUGAAGGAUAUUUUAGAACAGGCUGAGAAAAUCAGGGGAAUGUUGGAUAUUCUGCAGGAUAAUGUGAAUAUUGUGAAGAAACUCCACAACAAUGAGCUCCUGCACACGAAUCCAGAUAUGCAGACUGAACUCGAGGGUCGAACGUUCAUAAUAUCCCAGACUUCGGUGAAAAUUCGCACGAGUUUAAAAGAUAUGAGCAAGGAUAUCCCCAAUUUUGAGGAACUCACACUUGAUGCCGCGAGGGAAGGCACUGCGCAUGCGCGAAUUCGAGUCCUCCAGUAUGUCACGAGUUUUGAAUUGUUCUCAGAGAUAAUGAGGGAGUACAACGACGCGAUCAUGAAGUAUCACGCCAAAUGCUCCUCGAUUUACCAUCAACAGAAGAGAUUACUUAGAAAAGAAAAUGCUAGUCAGUACAUCGAGUCUGAUCCCGAAGAAGGCGAGAAAGUCAGUCUUUUUGUGGAUAACAUUCUAGAAGAGAGUAGAAUAGCUAAAGCUCAGCUGUCAGAAAUUCAGAUGAGACACACCGAGAUGAUGAAACUAGAAAAAUCUCUGACAGAAAUCAGAGGUAUAUUCGUGGAAAUGGCAUUUGCAGUGGAAAAACAAGGUGAGCAACUAAAUUGCGUCGAGCAUUUUGCCGGACAGGCAACAGACAACGUAGACAGUGGGAAAACCGACAUUUCGAAAGCUGAGAGACGAAAAAAUCGUUAUCGAAAGAGAAAAAUCAAAUGUCUGAGUAUCCUGGUGGUUAUUAUGCUGAUUCUACUUUUAAUAGUGAUAUUUUUAUGAAUAAAAAACUUCAGAAACUCGACAAUCAACCGAACCAUUAUUCAUCGCCUAAUUUUUAACAAUA